AUGACCAGCCGCUAUCAUCAGCAUCAUUGGUCCAUAAUGAUAAUGAUACUGUUGAUUAUUUCUUUUUCAAUGAUUGUUAACAUUCAUGCUGCAUGGGAUUUUAGUAGAUUUUCCACUCACAUGGAACAAAUUCAACAAUUGCACAAUACCUUCUUCGCCAAUAUCAAGGGAGGUGCUUCCACUGCAAUCUUAUUCAGAAAUGAAACUGUUGGCGAGGUGUUUGCUGGCAUUGCUCAAGGAAAUCAAAAGCCAACCAGAGAUACCAAGUAUAGAAUUGCUUCAGUAACCAAGACAUUUGUCUCUGCUGCCAUGAUGGCCUUGAGAGAUGAAGGACUCAUUGAUUUGGAUCAAUCAGUUUGUGAUUUUGUUCCUGAAUUUUGUACCUUUCCAAAUCCUGAUGGAUUAUCUUCCAAUUUCACAUUCAGACAACUUUCAUCCUAUUUGAGUGGAUUGCCAAGAGAAGCUCCAUGUGUUCUCACUGCAUGUGAUUAUUCCAAUGGUCAAAUAAUGCAAAGAAUUAAGGAGAAUGGAUUGUUCCUUGUUAGAGAUGGUGAUCAUUAUCCAAUUUAUUCCAAUCUUGGAUAUUCCUUCUUGGGACAUGCAUUGGAGAGUGCUGCCAAGAUUAGUUUCGAACAAGUUAUUCAGAGUAGAAUUUUAGACAAGUUGGGCAUGAAGAAUUCUGGCUUUGUCAAUAAGGACAAUUUGAACAAUCUCAUUUUGGCUGAAGGUUAUCAUGAAAGUGAAAGAAUUUACACCAACAACAAGACCAUCUCUUGGUCUCAACCUGCUGCUGGAAUGUAUUCUAGCAUUGCUGAUUUGACAUUGUACGUCAAGAAUUUGAUGAAUGCAUUUGCAAAUUAUGGAAACAAGAUGGAAACAUCCAUCAUGAGUAGACAAACAUUGAGAGAGUUUUUGAAUGCACAACAUGUUCUUCCUCAUGGCUCUGCUGCUGUUGGAUUGAGUUGGGAAAUGGUUCAUUAUCCAUUCUUGGGAGGUUGGGCCAUUAUGAAGAGCGGUUUGAUUGGUGGUUACAAUGCUCAAGUUGUCAUGAUUCCUCAUUGUGAGAUGGCUGUCAUUACAUUGCUUUCAAGAGAUGAUGGUGCACAAUCUUUGGCUUUACAAUCUGCUGCAACUAUUGCUUCUGCAAUGAAGGAUUACUUGACUGAAUUGAGAGAGAAGGAAAUUGCUGGUAAUUUUGGCUCUUUAGUCUCACAAUACAAACAAUCUGGAAAUAUUGUUAGUUUGGAACUUGGUAAUGUCACCAAUUCCAACCAAAAGUUACUCAAUAUUAGAAACCCAAUUAGUUCACUUUCUCAAUCUUUCAACUUGCUUCCAAGUAAGGAAAAUGAAUUUAUUAUUCAACCAUACGAUAUUCCAACAAGAGUUCAAUAUGAAAAGGGAUUAGGUGGAAGUAGGGUUAUGACAAGAAGUGAUCUUGCCAAUAUCACUUCACCUGAUUUUGAUUUAUUUGCCAACACCCUGUCUACUUCCAACAAGAGAAACUUGGAAAGACAAGCUAUCACCUCUGUUUGUAAUCACAUUCCAAAGGAUGUUUCACUCUCAUUGCCAAUCACUCAAAGUGAUGCUGCUACUGCUUUGAAAAAUUUGGGAGAUUCAGUUUCUGCAUUUGCUUCUCAAACUGGAUCAAAAGUUGCUAUCCAAGUUAACUAUAAGGGUCAACAGGUUAUUAUGUUUACAUUUGGAUCUAGUACUGAUUCUACUUCCUUCAAUAUUGGAACACUUACUCAACUCUUUACUUCCACUGCUAUUCUUAUUGCCAAAGAGAAGGGACUUAUCAAAUCACUCGAUGAUCCUAUUGUUAAAUAUCUUCCUCAAAUUGUUUAUCAAGAAAACUUGCCAUUUGAGAAUAACAUGACCAUACGUCAAUUGAUGAAUCAUGCUUCAGGACUUCCAAUUAUUGCACCUUGUGAUGAUACUGACACCUGCUCAUUGAACUGGAAUCAAUAUGUUGAAAAAACAAUGGCUGAACAACACAUCAUUCAACCAAGCUCAACUCUUAGAACAUUCUCUACUAUUGGAUUUUCAAUUUUAGGAAGAUUGAUUGCUUCUUUGAAAGGAGUAGUUUCAUUCAAUCAAUUCGUUACUGACAAUAUUUUGACUCCUCUCAAAAUGACUGAUUCAGGAUUCAAGUCUGCUUCAUUCUUGGCCUCAAAUUCUGAAAUGUAUUCAUCCAUUAGAGAUGUUUCCAAGUUUUUGAAUUGUAUUUCUGGAAUUCAUAGGGAAUGCUCAAUUAUUAAGAAGGAAUCAUCCAGAUUACUCCACUUGAGAAAUUUACUCUCCAACGACAAGGCAAUGAGUAUGUCACUUGGUUCAUUUGAGCAUGAAUUCUCUAAUGGCAUUUGGUUUGCUUCCAAGUAUGGAUCUAUUAAGGGUUACAGUUCCUAUGUUGCUAUGAAUGACGAUUUGGAUCUCUCUGUUGUUGUAUUGUCAUCUUCAGAUAAUAAUGUGGGAAAGUAUCUUGUCAAUAACCAAAGUGCCAUUCCAAACUUGUUCAAAGCAUUCACAACAGCACUUCAACAACAACCAUCUUUCUUAAAAGCCAACACAUCUCUUCCUAGUCAGGAAUUGCUUAAGGAUAUGAAGGGUAUUUACAAGGUAUUCGAUCAAUUCCUUCUCUUUACUCAAUAUCUUCAAAUUGAUUACAAUGCUCAAUUGGGUUUGAUCACUUUUGCAUUUGUUGAAAGUGCUACUCCAGCACAAUCUUCUGCAUCUCCAAACUUUGUUUUGGAAAUGAUAUCACCACAAGAUAAUCUCACUUACAAGGUUAAAACAUUGAGCACAUUCUUUCUCAAACCUUUUAGCCUUCCAAUCCAUUUAAUUUCCUUUUCUAAUGCAAGAAAUCCGAUCACUCUUUCCAUAUCCAAUGAUUGA